AUGUUAGACUCGUGGGACGUUGUUAAUGGUGGUUCCUCUUCGUUGCAUAUAUCGCGCACACUCGAGACGUUGAAAAUCUUAGAGCCGUUCAACGAUGACGGAACGUUCCGAACCGACGUUUUCUUUACAACGACCGUACCGCUUACAUUGACACAGCCCUCAAGGCAGCCCGAGCAGCCGAUCCUCAGGCCAAACUCUACGUUCUCACCCGUCGUUUGGCAGAUUAACGACUUCAAUAUCGAAGGAACCGGUGCCAAAUCCACAGCUAUGUUCAACCUUGUCAAAGGUCUUAAAGCUCGUGGAAUUCCCAUCGACGGUAUUGGUGUACAAGCUCACCUUAUCGUUGGCCAAGUUCCAAGCACUUUACAUGCAUGGGUGCCAGAUGCAGUGUUGUCAAUUACUUUGCCGCAUCCGCAUCUUGAUUUCUCUCUAGGGCCUGCGUAG